GCAUUAGGACUGUAAAUGUCUGUAAGACAGAGUAAAGCUUCCUGGUGCUCCUUUUAUUGUUCGAACAUUCAUAUUAUGGCUGCUCCGAGGAGUAUUGUUGUUGAUAUUGGAAGGCAGAGGGACGAAGAGAAUGCGGAAGAGGAUUCACCCACGAGUAAGAAACCGAUUGCUGCGAAAUACGAUGGUAGAUUUCCGUUGUCGCAAUGGGAGUUGGUUGUUGCAGUUAGUGUGAUUUUGCUCUCCUCGAUCGGUCUCGUUUGUGUCUAUUUGACCAUGCCAGCUGCCGAAUAUGGCAAAAUCAAGUUGCCUCACUCUAUUUCAGAUCUCCGAAUUCUCAAAGAUAAUCUUGCAACCUAUGCAAAAGACUACAGAGGACAGUUCAUCCUAGGAUACUGUUUGACUUACAUCUUCAUGCAGACAUUUAUGAUUCCUGGAACAAUCUUCAUGUCAUUACUUGCUGGUGCCCUUUUCGGUGUUAUCAAAGGCCUGGUUUUAGUUGUCUUAAAUGCGACAACUGGGGCAUCAUGCUGCUAUUUCCUGUCUAAGUUAAUUGGCAGACCUUUAGUUAACCGAUUGUGGCCUGAAAAAUUGAGGUUUUUCCAGGCAGAGAUAGCAAAGCGUAAGGAAAAGCUGCUGAAUUACAUGCUUUUUUUGAGGAUUACUCCAACUUUGCCUAACACAUUUAUUAAUGUGGCAUCUCCAAUAGUGGAUAUUCCUUUUCAUGUAUUUUUCCUGGCAACAUUGGUUGGACUUAUUCCAGCUUCAUAUAUCACUGUCAGAGCUGGCCUUGCUCUUGGGGAUCUGAAGUCAGUCAAGGAUUUAUAUGAUUUUAAGACCCUGGUUAUACUUUUUCUUAUCGGUUCAGUGUCCAUAUUUCCAACCAUCCUGAAGAAGAAGCGAACAUAUGAAUAAAAGCUGUGUUGGUUGGUCCCUCCCAAUCUGCAAGCGUACAUGACUGGA